GUCUAUUAGAUGCUUCCAAAUACACGGUUGAGCCAUUGGCCUACUUUCACUAACAGACAAGACCUACUUCAAAUCUCUUUUUUUUUUCUGGGCAAAAAUAACUCCCACCAUUGAAGAAAUUCUUCUACACAUCGUCAUUAUCGCCCCACAUUCUGUUUUUCCCUCCAUUAAUCAAAAUUAUGAGCAACAUUUAUUGGGAUGAAUGGGUUGAUUUGGCACUCCUAAAGUUAGAUUCCUCGAAAUUACUUCGUUCUCUUAGACCCAUCAAUGUUUCCAACAGUUGCUCCAAUUUUCAUGAAUACAAAGUGUUCGACAGAUUGCAUCAAUGGGAUAGAACCUCUAUUGAAGUUACUAUUUCUGAAUCUACUUUUCACAAUUGGCUUAAUGACAUUCCUUCUUGUGGAACUACUGAUGAUCCUAAGAAUGAAGUCACUAUUGAAGGAGGAAAUUCAUGCUCCGACCGGGACAGAAAGCUAUUGUUGUUCUCAGGGAAUGAUUAUUUGGGCUUAAGUUCACAUCCCACAAUUAGAAUGGCUGCUGUUAAGGCAGCACAAGAACAUGGAAUGGGUCCAAGAGGUUCUGCCUUGAUAUGUGGAUAUACUGAUUAUCAUGGACAAUUGGAAGCUUGUUUAGCAGGGUUGAAGAAUAAAGAGGAUUGUCUUCUUUGUCCUACGGGUUUUGCUGCGAAUAUGGCCUUCAUGGUAGCAGUAGGAAGCAUUGCCUCUCUCCUUGCAUCUGGCAGAAUACCUCAUAAAUCUGAAAAAGUUGUUGUUUUCUCAGAUGCUCUUAAUCAUGCAUCAAUUAUUGAUGGUCUCCGCCUUGGUGAACGUCUACAUUGUAUAGAAACCUUUGUCUACCGACAUUGUGAUAUGUCCCAUCUUGAUGCACUUUUAUCAGAUUGCACAAUGACUAGAAAGUUGGUUGUGACUGAUAGCUUAUUUAGUAUGGACGGGGACUUCGCACCAAUGGCUGAGCUAGUGAAACUACGUAAGAAGCAUGGUUUUUUGUUGGUUAUUGAUGAUGCUCAUGGAACAUUUACUUGUGGUCAAGGCGGUGGGGGAGUGGCUCAGGAGUUUGACUGUGAAAGUGAUGUUGAUAUAUGUAUUGGCACUUUGAGUAAAGCAGCAGGGUGCACUGGCGGUUUCAUAGCAUGCAGCAAAAGAUGGAAACAACUUAUUAUGUCCAGGGGCCGUUCCUUUAUAUAUUCCACUGCUAUGCCUAUACCAAUGGCUGCUGCUGCCCAUGCAGCUGCUGCUUUUGUUGCGGAACAAGAAGCCUGGCGUAGAAAAGCUCUCCAGGAACGAGUACAAGACUUUCGAGACCUCACUGGAAUCCCGAUUGCAAGUCACAUCGUCUCCAUUAUAGUGGGGAGUGAAGAGAAGUCAUUGCUAGCUAGUCGGCACAUGCUGGAAUCUGGAUUUCAUGUUACUGCAAUUAGACCACCGACCGUCCCUCCUAAUUCUUGCAGGGAUUUUUCUGUUUGGGGUAAAAUCGACCGCGCUUUCCUCUACUUAUCCUUGUGAAGGGAGUAUAGAGUAUGGAUUGUCUGUCACUUUUUCACUCUCAAACCCUGCUCUCGAGCGGGAUAUUGGAUAUGAUGAUGAUGAACUAAGUUAAAUAGUUCAAAAAACUAUAAAUGAUAUGUUUGUGAAGUCUUUCAACCAUAACAAUAAUAUUAGAGCUUUAAUUCUAAAGGAUUGAUUUCUAACUACCAUUAAUAAUAUUGUGUAAAGGAAAUAAAAAUCAUAAUCUUCUCUCUGUAAAUUCUCAAGACUAUUAUUGC